AUGAUCCCGCCUGCCGUGAUGGAUAACCACACCGAAAUUAACUACAAUUACGGUGCUUACUUUGCACCAUAUAGAUCAGAAGAGCCCGUGGAAAUGUUAGGAGCAGGGCUAACGGGCGAGGACCUUGCAGCAAUCCCCGAACACUGGCUGAAAUAUGCAGCACCUCCCGUAAGCGCUCACACUGCACUUGCGCUCGUCUACGUCUUUUUUACUGCCGCUGCCUUGAUUGGGAAUGGACUUGUAAUUUUUAUAUUUUCCACGUCAAAGAGUCUCAGAACACCUAGUAAUCUUCUUGUAUUACAAUUGGCCGUAUUGGAUUUCAUCAUGAUGUUGAAAGCACCAAUAUUCAUCUAUAAUAGUGCAAAUCGUGGCUUUGCUACUGGCGUUAUUGGGUGUAAGAUAUUUGCUUUCACGGGAUCAAUAAGUGGGAUUGGUGCAGGCAUGACCAACGCCUGCAUAGCUUACGACAGACAUUCAACAAUCACUCGACCACUUGACGGUCGACUAUCGCGUGGCAAAGUUAUAUUAAUGAUUGUAUGUGUUUGGGUAUACACUCUACCAUGGGCAAUAUUACCACUGCUACAAAUCUGGGGUCGAUAUGUUCCUGAGGGAUUUUUAACAUCGUGUACAUUUGAUUACCUGACCGAUACUUUCGACAAUAAGCUAUUUGUGGCCUGCAUCUUUACCUGCAGUUACGUCUUUCCUAUGACAGCCAUACUGUAUUUAUACAGUGGAAUAGUGAAACAAGUAUUUGCCCAUGAAGCAGCACUAAGGGAGCAAGCUAAAAAGAUGAACGUCGAUUCUCUGAGAUCCAAUCAGAACUCUAGCGCGGAAUCAGCUGAAGUUCGUAUUGCUAAAGCGGCGCUAACGGUGUGCUUCCUCUACAUAUGUUCAUGGACGCCUUACGGAGUGAUGUCACUUAUUGGAGCAUUUGGAGACAGCUCUCUUUUGACUCCAGCGGUAACGAUGAUUCCCGCCCUUGCUUGUAAGGGCGUCGCAUGCAUCGACCCUUGGGUAUAUGCCAUCAGCCAUCCAAAAUACAGACAAGAACUCCAGCGACGAAUGCCAUGGCUCCAAAUUGACGAACCUGAUGACAACGUCUCUAACACGACAAGCAACACAGCUAAUAGUGCAGCGCCGGCGUAA